AUGGCGCAUAAUUAUGAUGUCGGCACGAAAGCCUGGCAGCCAGAUGUCACGGAGGGAUGGGUGGCCUCUGAGGUCGUCUCCAAGACGGCCGAUGGUGACAAGAUCAUUCUGGUGUUCGAUCUCGCAAACGGAGAGACCAAGACCAUAGAGACGACUGAGGAGGACCUGGCGUCGGAUAAUAACUCGAAGCUACCGCCCCUAAUGAACCCAACGAUGCUAGAAGCCAGCGACGAUUUGACGAAUCUUUCACAUCUUAAUGAGCCAGCUGUUUUGCAAGCUAUCAAGCUGCGGUAUUCACAAAAGGAAAUAUACACUUACAGCGGUAUCGUUCUCAUCGCAACGAAUCCCUUCGCCAGGGUAGACUCUUUAUAUGUCCCUGGUAUGGUGCAGGUGUAUGCGGGAAAACAGCGCGCGACACAAGCUCCGCAUCUGUUCGCAAUUGCAGAGGAAGCCUUUGCGGAUAUGCUGCGGAGUGGUAAGAACCAAACGAUUGUCGUGUCUGGAGAAUCCGGUGCAGGAAAGACCGUUAGCGCCAAGUACAUAAUGCGGUAUUUUGCUACCAGAGAAUCGCCCGACCAGCCGGGCACACGCACAAAGCGAGGAGCGGAGGCUAUGAGUGAAACCGAAGAGCGAAUCCUAGCGACUAAUCCGAUUAUGGAAUCAUUUGGUAACGCGAAGACGACAAGGAAUGACAACUCCUCGCGUUUUGGAAAAUACAUUGAGAUUAUGUUUGAUGAUAAGACGAGCAUCAUUGGAGCCAAAAUACGGACAUAUCUUCUUGAGCGGUCGAGAUUGGUCUUUCAACCUUUGAAGGAACGGAAUUACCACAUUUUCUACCAGUUAGUAGCAGGUGUUUCUGACAGUGAACGCCAAGCACUUGAGCUGCUCCCCGUCGAGCAGUUUGACUACCUCAACCAAGGCAGCUCGCCUUCUAUUGAUGGGGUGGAUGACAAGGCCGAAUUUGAAGCCCUGAAGAAGGCGUUGACAACGAUCGGAGUUAACCAGGGCCAGCAAGGGGAGAUAUUCAAACUGCUUGCUGCAUUGUUGCAUCUCGGAAAUAUCAAAAUCACGGCUUCGAGGACCGACUCUGUCUUGGCUUCGACCGAACCUGCUUUGGAGAAAGCCACUGCAAUACUAGGAGUUGACCCGGUUGAAUUCGCAAAAUGGACCGUAAAGAAGCAGUUGAUCACAAGAGGAGAGAAAAUCACGUCAAACUUAACGCAACAACAAGCAACUGUAGUCCGAGAUUCAGUCGCCAAGUUCAUAUACUCUAGUCUUUUCGAUUGGUUAGUCGAAAAUAUCAACCGGGCCUUGGCCACAGAGGAGGUCAUCAGCCGUGUAAAAUCGUUCAUUGGCGUUCUCGAUAUUUACGGAUUUGAGCAUUUUGCGAAGAAUUCUUUCGAACAGUUCUGUAUUAACUAUGCCAACGAAAAGCUGCAACAAGAGUUUAAUCAGCACGUCUUCAAGCUUGAGCAGGAAGAAUAUCUGAGAGAGCAGAUCGACUGGACCUUCAUCGACUUUUCGGACAACCAACCUUGCAUAGACUUGAUCGAAGGCAAGCUCGGCAUUCUUUCCCUACUUGAUGAAGAGUCCAGGUUACCUAUGGGCUCCGAUGAGCAGUUUGUAACGAAGCUGCAUCACAACUACGCCGCGGAUAAGAAUAAGUUCUACAAGAAGCCUAGGUUCGGAAAGUCUGCUUUUACCGUGUGCCAUUAUGCCAUCGACGUUACCUAUGAGUCUGACGGCUUCAUUGACAAGAACCGCGACACGGUACCUGACGAGCACAUGGCAGUACUGAGAGCUUCAUCGAACAAAUUCUUGGGACAGGUGCUUGAUGCUGCAUCAGCUGUUCGCGAGAAGGACACGGCGCAAGCUGCUUCCGCCGCCGUGAAGCCCGCGGCAGGGCGGAGAAUCGGGGUUGCUGUAAACCGCAAACCAACCCUGGGUGGUAUCUUCAAGUCAUCCCUGAUUGAACUGAUGCAUACCAUCAACAACACCGACGUUCAUUAUAUCCGAUGCAUUAAACCCAACGAAGGUAAAGAAGCAUGGGUCUUUGAGGGACCUAUGGUUCUGAGCCAGCUUCGUGCUUGUGGUGUGCUCGAGACCGUCAGAAUCAGUUGCGCGGGGUAUCCAACAAGAUGGACAUACGAGGAAUUCGCCCUGAGAUAUUAUAUGCUGGUGCCUUCCGCAUCAUGGACGUCGGAAAUCCGAGAGAUGGCGAACAAGAUUCUCGUGAAGGCUCUUGGGACAGGCAAUGGCCAGGGUCUUGACAAGUAUCAACUUGGCUUGACAAAAAUCUUCUUCCGUGCGGGAAUGUUGGCAUUCCUAGAAAAUCUCCGAACAACUCGACUCAAUGACUGCGCUAUCAUGAUCCAGAAGAAUCUGAAAGCGAAAUACUAUAGACGCAAGUACCUCGAAGCACGGACUUCCAUCCAGCUGUUCCAGUCUCUCACCAGGGCUCAUCUUGCUCGAAAGCAUGCCCAAGAGACUCGGAAAAUCAAGGCUGCUACCACAAUCCAGAGAGUAUGGCGUGGCCAGAAGCAGAGGAAGAGCUUUAACGCUAUUCGGAACAAUGUCAUUCUUGCACAAGCUACUUUCAAGGGAUUUUUGCGCAGACGCCAGAUCAUGAACACUCGUCUUGGUAACGCCGCGGUCCUUAUUCAACGCGUCUGGCGCUCAAGGCGUGCGAUGAAGAGCUUUAGACUAUAUAGACGGAAGGUCGUCAUCAUCCAAAGUUUGUGGAGAGGCAAGACGGCUCGCCGUGGCUACAAGAAGGUCCGCGAGGAGGCACGUGAUCUGAAGCAGAUUUCGUACAAGUUGGAGAACAAAGUUGUCGAGCUCACACAAUCGCUCGGCGCGUCAAAGAGGGAGAACAAGGGCUUAUUAAGUCAAGUCGAGAAUUACGAAAACCAGAUCAAGUCUUGGAAAAACCGACACAAUGCUUUAGAGAUUCGGACCAAGGAGUUGCAAACCGAAGCCAACCAGGCUGGUAUUACAGCCGCACGCCUGUCUGCCAUGGACGAAGAAAUGAAGAAGCUGCAAGGCAGCUAUGAGGAAGUUAAUGUCACCAACAAACGUCUGACAGAACAGGAGCGGGACUUGAAGGAGGCCCUGAGGGUCUCCAACUUGGAACUUGAGAAUACGAAGAAGGCAAACGCUGCUCAUGAGGCUGAAAAGAUCGUCCUCAAACAACAGAUCUCUGAUCUACAAGAACAGCUUGAAAUUGCUAAGCGUGCAGUGCCAAUCAUGCCACAGAAUGGCGAGCUCACCAAUGGUGCUACCGCACCACCGCCAUUAAAUAGCCUUAUCAACUUGGUCUCAUCAAAGAAGCCCAAGCGACGUAGCGCUGGUGCCGAAACCCGAGAGGUUGACCGUUUCAGCGGAGCAUACAACCCUCGGCCUGUGUCAAUGGCUGUUACAGGAAGCAGCCUGCAUCGCCAGGCCCUCCCUGGCUCCACGUUUAUACCAGGUGUUGACAAUGUCGAAUUCGAACUGGAGAAUCUCCUGGCAGACGAAGAUGGCUUGAAUGAUGAGGUUACUAUGGGCUUGAUUAGAAAUCUGAAAAUCCCAACACCCACCACGACACCACCUCCGACGGACAAAGAAGUGCUAUUCCCGUCUUACCUGAUCAACCUGGUCACGUCUGAAAUGUGGAAUAACGGUUUCGUGAAGGAAUCAGAAAGAUUCCUUGCGAAUGUGAUGCAAUCGAUCCAACAAGAGGUUAUGCAACACGAUGGCGAUGAGGCAAUCAAUCCAGGAGCCUUCUGGCUUUCUAAUGUGCAUGAGAUGCUUUCGUUCGUCUUCCUCGCUGAGGACUGGUAUGAAGCUCAAAAGACCGACAAUUAUGAGUACGAUCGCCUGCUGGAGAUUGUGAAACAUGAUCUUGAGAGUUUGGAGUUCAACAUAUACCACACCUGGAUGAAGGUCCUCAAGAAGAAGCUUCAGAAGAUGAUCAUCCCUGCCAUCAUUGAAUCUCAAUCCCUCCCUGGCUUCGUUACCAAUGAGAGCAACCGAUUCCUCGGCAAGCUGCUCCAAAGCAAUUCAGCACCGGCGUAUAGCAUGGACAAUCUCUUGAGCUUGCUUAACAAUGUCUUUAAGGCCAUGAAAGCAUAUUACCUCGAAGACUCGAUCAUCACACAAACUGUGACAGAGUUGCUUAGAUUGGUUGGCGUUACUGCAUUCAAUGACCUUCUGAUGCGCAGAAAUUUCCUCUCCUGGAAGCGGGGUCUUCAGAUCAAUUACAACAUCACUCGUAUCGAGGAGUGGUGCAAGAGCCAUGAUAUGCCAGAAGGAACUCUGCAACUAGAGCACCUCAUGCAAGCAACCAAGCUUCUUCAGUUGAAGAAGGCUACGCUGAAUGAUAUCGAAAUCAUUCAAGAUAUCUGCUGGAUGCUGUCACCCAACCAGAUUCAGAAACUCUUGAACCAGUAUCUCGUUGCUGAUUAUGAGCAACCUAUUAACGGCGAAAUCAUGAAGGCUGUGGCCUCUAGGGUCACCGAGAAGAGCGAUGUCCUUCUUCUCACGGCCGUCGAUAUGGAUGACAGUGGACCGUAUGAAAUCGCCGAACCCCGUGUUAUCACUGCACUUGAAACUUACACACCAUCAUGGCUUCAAACUCCUCGUUUGAAACGUCUUGCGGAGAUCGUUUCUGCCCAAGCCAUAGCGCAGCAAGAGAAAAUCGAUUAUCCUCUGGACGAAGCCAACGAGAACGAGAUUGCCGAACUCACUGACGGCGAGAUGAAUGGCGAAUGA